AUGAGCGAAGGAUUUCCUCGACAACAAUAUAAACAUCGAUUUUUUCGGUCUCGUCGAUGGUCAUCGAAGGCACGUACUUCAGUUAUUAAUGAAAAAAUCUAUAUGAACCAAUUGAAUCAACCGCAGCGCUCACACUCAUCCAUACUGUCAUUCUACGAUAAUCAAAUGUUUGAAGAUGACGUACCUAUGACAUCGAAAUGGGCCAUUGUCCGACAACGUCUACCAGAUAUUCUCGCUCUUAGUCCAACGUAUAAACCUUUUAGCACACAAGCGCAACUUCUUCUACUUGUCGGAUCAAUUAGUCAGCAGGCGAAAAAAGAACAAAAGUUGGACGUUAGCGAACAACGAUUAAACCGAACAAAUACUCCAUCGAAUGUUGUCAUUCAUAUUGCUGGUCGUCGUCGAUUGAUUUAUUUGAAACAUAUUCCAUCUGAUCAAAUGAUCCAUGUCGAUGUCGAUCACUUAUCAUUUUCAAUUCCAACACGGCAAUUCAUUCUAGCUAUAAGUCGUGGUGAUGCAUAUAAAACAGCAGCUCGCUAUUGCCCACCAGCGAUUAGUGAUUUGCUAAUAACUCUUUCUCAAACGAAAGUUAUCGAUGAUGGAAGACAAUACAAACGAGCACUGUACAAGAUGCCGCAAUGA